AUGGGAGCGGCGGCGGACGCGGAGUGCCUGCGCUGGGUCGGCAAACAGUUCGGGAAUGUCGCCGGGAAGGAGAAGGAAAUCAGCCUGGAAGAGUUCAAAUCCGCCCUGCAGGUCAAGGAGUCCUUCUUUGCCGAGAGGUUUUUCGCGCUCUUCGAUUCCGACGGGAGCGGCUCCCUGAGCCGGGAGGAGCUCCUGGGAUCUCUGCGCCGGCUGCUCCGCGGGAAUUCCACGGAAAAGCUCCGGUUCCUCUUCCAGGUGUACGAUGUGGACGGCAGUGGCUCCAUCGACGCUCAGGAGCUGCUGCUGGUGCUCCGGGGCUGUCUCCGGGAGAGCUCCCUGGCCCUUCCCGAGGAGCGGCUCGGAGCGCUGAGCCAGGCCCUGCUCCAGGCCUUGGACCGGGACCACAGCGGCUCCAUCACCUUCCCCGAGCUCCGGGAGCAGCUGGAAGCGUUCCCAGAGCUCCUGGAGAGCCUGAGCACCAGUGCCGCCAGCUGGCUGAAGCCUCCCAGUCCCAGUCCCGCUGAGCACUGGCUGUGCUGCUUUUCCCGGGAAUCCCGCCGGGAUCAUCGGGCCGGGCUGUGCUGCUUUUCCCGGGAAUCCCGCCGGGAUCAGCGGCCCGGGCUGUGCUGCUUUUCCCGGGAAUCCUGCCGGGAUCAGCGGCCCGGGCUGUGCUGCCUGGGGGUCUGGGUCGCCAUCUCGGCGCUCCUGCUCGCCCUGGGGGCCCUGGGGCACCGGGAGCGCGGCCCCGCCCUGGCGCUGGCCCGGGGCUGCGGGCAGAGCCUCAACCUCAACUGCGCCCUGCUGGCCGCCCUGGUGCUGCGCCGCUCGCUCACCUGGCUGCGCCGCUCCGCGCUGGCCGCGCUGUUCCCGCUGGAGCGGCACCUGCGGGGCCACGAGCGCGUGGCGCACCUGGUGCUGGCGCUGGGGACCGCGCACGCGGGGGCGCACCUGGCGCACGUGGGCCUGGCCCGGCGGGACUGGCAGGUGGCCCUGGGCGAGUACCUGCGGCGGGCGCGGCCGGGGGCGGGCGGCGUGGCCGGCAGCGCCCCGCAGACCGGGCUGGCCCUGCUGGCCCUGCUCCUGGCCAUGCUCGCCUGCUCCAGCCCCUGCGUGCGGCGCGGCGGCCACUUCGAGGUUUUUUACUGGAGCCACCUCUCCUACAUCCCCGUGUGGUUCCUGCUGCUCCUGCACGGUCCCCACUUCUGGAAGUGGUUCCUGAUUCCUGGCUCCCUGUUUUUCCUGGAGAAGGUUCUGGGCUGGGUGUGGCGCCGGGCGGGGGAUCUGCACAUCCUGGAGGCCAAGCUGCUGCCCUCCAAGGUGACCCACCUGGUGAUCCAGAGGCCGAAAUCCUUCCGCUUCCAGCCGGGGGAUUAUGUCUACCUGAACAUCCCGGCCGUGGCCGCCUACGAGUGGCACCCCUUCUCCAUCAGCAGCGCCCCGGAGCAGCCAGAAACCCUCUGGCUGCACAUCCGGGCCCGGGGCCAAUGGACCACCAAGCUCUACGAGUAUUUCCAGCAGCUGGAAUCGCACGGCCUGGAGCCAAAUCCACCUGGGAAGAGCCAGCACUGGGAAAAGGGCUCCGGGCCUGGGGAGACCCCACGGAGCUGCAGCGUCAAGUGUUUCCUGGAUGGUCCCUACGGAACCCCGAGCCAUCGGAUCUUCACCUCGGAGCACGCCGUGCUCAUCGGAGCCGGCAUCGGCAUCACGCCCUUCGCCUCCAUCCUGCAGAGCAUCAUGUUCCGGUACCGGCGGCGGAAGCAGAGCUGCCCCAGCUGCCAUUUCUCCUGGAGCGAGGAACAGCGGGAUGAGGAGAUGACGCUCCGGAAGGUGGAUUUCAUCUGGAUCACACGGGAUCAGCAGCACCUGCAGUGGUUCCUCGGCCUCCUGGCCAAGCUGGAGUCGGAGCAGGCAGAGCUGGAGCCGGGAGGGAAUUUCCUGGAGCUGCACCUGUACAUGACCUCGGCGCUGGGCAAGGGGGAUGUGAAGGCUCUGGGGCUGCAGCUGGCCCUGGACCUGCUGGCAGCGCAGGAAAAGCGGGAUUCCAUCUCCGGGCUGCGCAGCCGCACCCAGCCCGGCCGCCCCGACUGGGACAAGGUGUUCGGGAAGGUGGCGGCCGAGCGCCGCGGGAAGGUCCGGGUGUUCUUCUGCGGCUCCGCGGCGCUGGCCAAGGUCAUCCAGGGCCACUGCCGGACCUUCGGAUUCCGCUUCUCCAAGGAAAACUUCUGACGGGCUCCAACUUCACCUUUUCCAAGGAAAACUUCUGCCAGGAGCUCUUCCCACCCUUCGGUGUCCGGCAUCCGAUCCCGCUGCGUCCCAGCCCGGAUCCGCUGGGGCUGGGUGGGUGGGAUGGAGCUUUGGGAAUGUUUCCUUUGGAUGUGAGGAAUAAAUCAGGAAAAGAUGGGAAAGUUUCCUUUGGAUUCGAGGAAUAAAUCAGGAAAAGAUGAGAAAGUUUCCAUUGGAUGUGAGGAAUAAAUGAGGG